AUGCAGCCACUCCUGCUCUUGUUGGCCUUUAGCCUACUCCCUGAAGCCACGGCAGGGCAGGUCAUUGGAGGCCAGGAGGCCAGGCCCCAUUCCCUCCCUUACAUGGCAUUCCUUCAAGUUGAGAAUCCAGAAGAUCUGAGCAGUUGCGAGGGAUUUCUUGUGAGAGAAGGCUUUGUGAUGACAGCAGGUCACUGCUGGGGAAGGGCCAAAAAUGUCACACUGGGGGCCCACAACAUCCAGAAGUAGAAAAGGACCCAGCAACAGACCAGUGUGUUCAGAGCCAUCCACCACCCCAGAUAUAAUGGCAAGAAUGCCCUGAAUGACAUCAUGUUACUUCAGCUGAGGAAUAGCAUCAGGUGCAAUCGAUUCAUGAGGCCAGUGGCCCUGUCUAACACUGGGCAGAAGCCUAGACCUGGAGCCUUGUGCACAGUGGCUGGCUGGGGCUGGAUCAACCUGCAUGAGUGGUUAGACACACUCCAGGAAGCGCAGCAUGAUCAAAAGUGCCACCGUCGCUUUCCUUCCUACCACAGCUGGACUCAGAUUUGUGUGGGGGAUCCAAGGCAAAAGAAGGCUGCCUUCAAGCCUGGCUUAGUGGGAGACUCUGGUGGCCCCCUCAUAUAUAACAAUGUGGCCCGGAGUAUUAUCUCCUAUGGAGACAAUGAAAAUAGGACUGUUCCACAAGUCUUCACCAGGAUCACAAGCUAUCUGUCCUGGAUAAAGAGAAUAAUGAGAGGCUUCAAACAGCAGGAUCAUCACCCUCUGCCCACCGUGACUGACAUUUUUACACUGGGACACAAGUCAGUUCCAAGGGAGCCUUAA